UACGUGCACACUGCACAAAUUAUAAUUUAUUCUACCUGUUGCAUUACCAUUUGCGCUUGCGCCCAAAUGUUAAAAUUAGCAUAUAAAUUAAGUAAAGAUCAGUUAGAAUUGCGUUUUAGUUAAAGUGUGGUGCAAGUGAUACAUUUAAAUAGAAAAUAUCAAGCCGCAAAAGGUACUGAUUGACAUGGUGCUGCGGUGCACUCCACCCCUGCCCAUGCAGGGCCACCAUUUUUAAUUUCUUUGUUUAUUUUGUGUUCCAUCUUCGUCGCAGUGUCGCAGUGUCAGCAACGAUCGCAACCGAAUUUGAAUGCAUAAACAGAAAAUUGGGAACGAGCAUAAAAGGGAAAUCAAGAAAAUCAACGCAAAUAUUAUUGAUGUUAUCAAUAAAAAUGAAAAUAGACAAUAAUAGUUACAAAAUGAAGUGAGUGCAGAAAGUUACACAAAAUGGCCAGCAAUGGGGCUGGUGGUGGAUGUGGAGCUGCUGCAGGCGGCGUUGGUGGCGGAGCCAUCAAUCACACACAUGCCGUUUGCGUCUGGGAAUUUGAGUCGCGCGGUGGCAAAUGGCUACCCUAUUCGCCGGCUGUGUCACAGCACUUGGAGCGUGCGCAUGCCAAGAAACUGACGCGUGUUAUGCUAAGCGACGCCGAUCCCAGCCUGGAGCAAUACUAUGUGAACGUGCGGACCAUGACCCAAGAGUCGGAUACCGAAUCAGAGGCUGGCGGUCUAUUAACAAUUGGCGUGCGGCGCAUGCUCUAUGCGCCCAGCAGCCCGGCGGGCAAGGGCACCAAGUGGGAGUGGUCCGGCGGCGGCAGCGCGGACAACAAUUGUGAUUGGCGGCCAUACAACAUGCAUGUGCAGUGCAUCAUUGAGGAUGCGUGGGCGCGCGGCGAGCAAACCUUGGAUCUGUGCAACACGAACAUCAGCCUGCCAUACACCAUCAAUUUUUGCAACUUGACGCAAAUGCGGCAGCCGAGCGGUCCCUUGCGCAGCAUACGGCGCACACAGCAGGCGCCUUAUCCGCUGGUCAAGCUGACGCCACAGCAGGCGCAGCAGCUGAAGGCGAACAACAAUGGCCAUGACUAUGUGCAGCAGCAGCAACAACAACAGCAGCAGCAGCAACAACAGCAGCAGCAGCAACAGCAGCAGAGAAACAAUAAUACGCUGCCCAAAAUGGGCGCCAUGCUGCCGCCUAUGCAUCGGCAGCAGCAUCCACUGCCCACGCAUGGACAUCAUCACCAUCAGCAGCAACACCAGCAUCAGCAUCAGCAACAUCAGCAUCAGCAACAUCAACACCAACAACACCAGCAGCAUCAACACACACAGCAUCAGCAGCAACCACGCAAGCCGCACAAGAAACAUAGCGAAAUAUCCACCACAAAUCUGCGCCAGAUUCUCAACAACCUGAACAUCUUCGGUAGCAGCACCAAGCACAGCAGCAGCAAUAGCAACAGCAACAGCAGCAGCAACGGCGGCAGCAAUCAUCUGGCGACAGCAGUCGGCAGCUGCAACUCGAAUGUCGCUGGCUCGACGCUGCAUUUGAUGCAGCAUCAGGCACACUUCUCGCACAGCAGCAAGAGCAUGCUGACCUCCUCGAUGAAUAGCCAUCAUAGCCGAUGCUCCGAGGGCUCGCUGCAGUCGCAGCGCAGCAGCCGCCUGGGUUCGCAUCGAUCGCGUUCGCGCACGCGUGUCUCGGACACCGAUACGAAUAGCGUCAAAUCGCAUCGGCGCAGGCCGAGCGUUGACACCGUCUCCACGUAUCUCAGUCACGAGAGCAAGGAGAGCCUGCGGAGCCGCAACUUUGCCAUAUCUGUGAACGAUCUGCUCGACUGUUCGCUGGGCAGCGAUGAGGUGUUUGUGCCGUCGUUGCCGCCUUCCUCGUUGGGGGAGCGGGCGCCGGUGCCGCCGCCAUUGCCCAUGCCACAUCAUCAUCAUCAGCAGCAGCAGCAACAGCAGCAGCAGCAACAGCAACAACAACAGCAGCAGCAGCAACAGCAGCAGCAACAACAACAACAGCAGCAAUCAAUCGCUGGUUCGAUUGUGGGCGUGGACCCAGCCAGCGAUAUGAUAUCGCGCUUUGUCAAGGUUGUCGAGCCGCCGCUGUGGCCAAACGCCCAGCCCUGUCCCAUGUGCAUGGAGGAGCUGGUGCAUUCGGCACAAAAUCCUGCCAUAUCGCUGAGUCGCUGCCAGCAUUUGAUGCAUCUGCAGUGCCUCAAUGGCAUGAUUAUAGCGCAGCAGAAUGAGCUCAAUAAGAACCUGUUCAUCGAGUGUCCCGUGUGCGGCAUUGUCUACGGCGAAAAGGUGGGCAAUCAGCCCAUUGGCAGCAUGUCCUGGAGCAUCAUUAGCAAAAGUUUGCCCGGCCACGAGGGCCAGAACACCAUACAGAUUGUCUACGACAUUGCUUCGGGCCUGCAAACGGCUGAGCAUCCGCAUCCGGGACGUGCUUUCUUUGCCGUUGGAUUUCCGCGCGUUUGCUAUCUGCCCGACUGUCCGCUGGGACGGAAAGUGUUGCGCUUUCUCAAGAUCGCGUUCGAUCGCCGUCUGCUGUUCUCGAUCGGGCGCUCUGUGACCACGGGGCGUGAGGAUGUGGUCAUUUGGAAUAGUGUGGAUCACAAGACGCAGUUUAAUAUGUUUCCAGAUCCCACCUAUUUGCAGCGCACCAUGCAGCAGUUGGUGCAUCUGGGCGUUACGGAUUGAAUCUAACUGCCAACAACUACAACAACAGCAACAACAACAACAACAAUAACAAAAGCGAACUUUAAGCAGUCAAAUUUUGCUUGGCGGACAUUUUGUUUUCGUCAAGUUUCUUUGCGUGCGUUCUUCUUAAACACACACGUACACUGACACAUACAUAAGUAUACAUAUGUGUGUGUGUUUUCUUCAAUUUCGCGUGUGCCGGCAACAAUAGAGAAACAGCAAUUGCAACAACAACAACAAAUAACAGUUAUUUGCUGCAACCGCAAGUCAAUCAAAUAGUUUUUGUGCCUUUUUUCCGUCUCGCGCCCCGCGCUCAUCCUCUCUAACCGUUCUCUCCCAUCGUCUGUUUCGCUCGCUCGCCCAGUUGAUCGCGCUCGCGUAAUUCAACCCCCUUUCCGUGUAUUGUAGAACUAACAAAUACAACUACAGUAUUUACUUAGAGCUUUGCUCUAAACUCGUGAGUGUUUGUUUUUUGUUUUUGUUCAUUUUUGUUUUGUUUUUUGCUUUUAUAUUAAUUGUUGUUGUUGUUUGUCUUCAACUUGUGUUAGUCUCCAGUUACAAAAGCCACGACGUCUCGACUACUCUGAUAAGCAGCAG